AUGUCCAACGACCAACAAGACGCGACUCGCUUGACGUGCGACGCUCUUUGUUCGCUUGGAGCAGCGGCGCCUCCUUACGCUGAUGCUAGUACUGGUAGUAAUGCUACGGGUGGAGCUACUACUGGCGCUGGUACUGCUACUAUUAAUAGUAGUAAUAACGCUGCUUGCACCAGAGGAGGCAAAUCGGCGUCAUUGUCUGCUUGUCCCAAACAGCAUCAGUUGCCGCUCUUUCUUUCCAAGACCUACCACAUGAUUGACCGCUGUGAACCCACGGUGGCGACCUGGAGUGUCGAUGGAUCCAACUUUGUCGUCAAAAAUGUAGAAAAGUUUGCAAGUGGAGUCCUACCACUCUAUUUCAAGCACUCCAACUUUUCCAGUUUUGCAAGACAACUCAACUUUUACGGAUUUCGAAAACUACGCACGGAUCCCAUUCUCACGUCCGAUGUCGAUCCACGGACGGCUUGCUAUGUGCGAUUUUAUCAUGAAAAGUUUCAAAAGGAUAGACCCGAACUAUUGCAUCAGAUCAAACGAGCCACAAAGUCAGAUCAGCAAUCCAAAGAUGACUUGGAAUCACUCAAGGCUGAAGUCAACAGGCUCAAAGAUACUAUUGGACAGUUACGAGAUGAUACCGAUCGACGAUUGGCAGAAAUGUCGUACGAGUGCAAUCGACGCAUCACCAGUAUGACACAAGAGUACGACAAGUUGGCCGCUCUUGUACAGCAACUCAUGGCCACCACUACUACAAGUAGUACCAGUGGUGCUAGUCAUACAGGAACCACCAUGCCCCCGCCAACGUCUGCUCCACCACCGUCGAUUCAGCAUCACAACCCACAUGCCGCUGCCAUUGCGGCGGCGGCUGCAGUCGCUGCGGGGACUAUUGUGCAACCGCCUCCUUCGGCACCUACACCGGCUCACAUUAUGGCGGCAGCACCCCCCGUUCCAGCACCCGUGCAUGUACCCGUACAGCCGCCACCUCCCGCACCAGUCCUGGCUCCGACUGUCACUCAUCACGUACAGCCGCCCCUUGCAACUCCACCAACAGCAGUUCAAACACAACCGCAGCCACCCGCCAACGUCGUACCAACCAUGCCAACAGUAGAUCCAGCUGCUCCGCCACCACCACCACCACAACGAAUGCCAGACUUGAUGCAAUCCUUGUCACAAGCUGCCGCUAUGAGUCUACAACAGCAGCAGCAGCAGCAACAACCAUCACCAACAAGCCAACAACCAACACUAACGAUCCCACAACCAACACUAACGAUCACACAACCAAUUGCAGCUGCAACUACGACGACAGUUCUGGACACUCACAAACGACCGGCAGAAGGAGAACCGGAAGGGGCGCCGGCGCCAAAGCAACCUGCUACUAGUACAGCAAUCGCUACAACUGAUACAACUACUACAGCAACAGCAGAAAUGCACACCCAACCACCACAACAACAGCAACAGCCACAAGUCGGGGUGUAA